AUGGAGAGUGGCAAACUCAGGACGCUCGUGCUGCUGGAGAUACAUUUGCUGUGGGUGCUCGCGCUGCCUGUGCAGGGUCAAACUGGUCCAAACCAAGAGAGCGGUAAUUUCUAUUUUUUCUCUGGUUAUUUUACUAAUUUUCAAUGCUCUAUAUGGGAACUAAACACAGAAUGUGGGUUUAAAGCUAAGCACAUUGUGAUAGUAUGCUGAAUAAGCCAGAGUGAACGUGUCUCUUGCAAGUUUGUGUCUAAAAUAGGCUUUAAACAAAAUGUUGAUAUAUUUAAAAACAGCUUUUAGGGGAAGUUUGUGAAUGUAAAUAUUUUCCUCUAUGGACAGUAGACCUGCAAUAACCCAGUACUAAUUAUAUUCUUAAUUUACAGAGCUACAGUCAUUUCUAACAAUAUCCAAUCCAAUCCAGUCCCCUUUACUUAUAUAGCACAUUCAAGUUUACCAAAGUGCUGCACAGUAAAAAUAAAAGAACAAACACUACAGAAAAUAUAAAGAGGAAAUAAAUAAAAGCAGGUAAAAAACAUUUUAAAUGACAUAGAAUAAAUGAAAUAAAAACACAAAAGCAUAAAAGAAAUAGAAGUGAUAAAAGGACCGUAAAAAACAUAAAAGGACAGAGAUCACACAAUAAAGAACCAUCUCUGGAUCUAGUGCGCAGAGAUGAAGACAGAUCCUUUCUUGUAUUGUUCAGAUCUGGUCUGUUGUGUCUGAGGUUAGUCUGGGAAGCCAUGUGUAACCAACAGAUGAAUAGCUUCCCUCUCAUCACAGCCCAGAAACCCCAGAAUCACCCUCCACCAGAGAGAACAGGACCACAAGCAGUACGGGUGAAAAAAAAGUGUAAUAAGUGUGACUUUGUUUUGUCUCUGCCUUGUCUCUUUCACAGUGAUUGACCUACUUCUGGCUUUGAACAUGUCCCACCACAUAAGUGGAGUGUCCAAGCUGCAGAGUCCCAGCGGUGCGGUGUACAGAUUACGUUCCAGAGCCCCUCACCUGACACUGUCACCUGAAUACUCUCAGUUACUCUACUCCAACAUUCAGAGCAGCAUGGGGGUGCAUUUGGUGAUGCACCAGGCAUCAGGCUCGAGUGCAACUCUUUUUUCUAUCUCCUCUGCGUCUUCACCGAUUCUCCAAAUCCUCUCCUCCAACCAAAAUAAAUCUCUACGUCUGGAUUACCAGACAGGAGAAGGUGCUAAAAGCCUCGCCAGCUCUCAAUUCCCAGGGAGGAACCCCUUCUCAAGAGAUGCGUGGGUACAGCUGGCUGUGAGUGUGGAGACUGACAAGCUAACAUUUUUUGUUGACUGUCAGGAAGCUGUGAUCCUGCCGCUAAAAGGCGCUGAAAAACUCAACCUUACUCUGCCUCAAGAUGUUGUUGUCACUCUUGCCAGCACACCAGGAAGGAAGGACAGUAAAUUUAGCGUGAGUUUAUUGUAUGCACAUCAUAAAACUACACUUCUGCUGAAAUUAAAACAGAUCACAUUAUUUUCUGUUUUAGCUUUGUUAUUAUUUCAAUUAUUGUUGAGUUUGAGUAUUGUUAAAGUUUUCAUACUUGUUUCUGCAGGGGUAUUUAAAGAUGGCAGAGAUUUCAGUGAGAGCCUAUACCAAGCGUCCAUGGCUCUGUGAUAAUGUUACAGGUAAAGAAAUGCUGCCUUUGUAUGAAUAAAGAGUUUUGAUUUUCUAUCCAUUCAAAGUUAAAAGUGAAAGAUAGUAUUGAGCUAAAAACUUGAUCACGAAAUUGAUAAACAUUUUGAGACAUUGUCGUGAAAAGAAGAGGACAUGAUAAAACUCUUUUCAAACAAAUAUUUGAUUUGAUAAUUCAAGUUUUCCUGCUCCAGGAGGCAUAAUGUAAAUUUUGGUCAGUUAUAAGUAAACUUGUUUGAAAAGGUUAUUCAAAAUGUUCAAGAAAAGACAAAUCUCAUUCUCUGGCUAUGUUUAGUAGGCUAUCCUACUUUGUCUAAUCUCAGGAUUUAACCCAGUUGCAGGACCCCUUUGGUUGGUGUGUAUCAGAUCAUAUCUUCUGUCCCUCAGGCAGAAAUUCCCUCAAACAGUUUGUUUGUCUUUUCCUCAGCGUUGGUCUUAAUUUGACUUCCCAGGAUGUUUGUUCAAGCUCCAAAUUUGUUCUUACAUCCAUUCAAGAAUUAUUCAGGAAUGGCUUCUCUCACCAACUGCCGCUUUCUCCUUACAGAUGCUCUACCUCUGUCUCAGUACAUGCACACUGAUAGCUCAGAUUCACAGACUGACAGCAGUCCAAAAACCCAGCAGGAUUCAGCUCUCAGUAAACAUCAAGUAAGCCACAGGUCAGCAGUCCAAGCCCACCAUUAUCCACAUAACAUCCAGAGUGACCAGCUGCAGAGAGGUGCAAUGCUGGGGCCCCCAGGAUCUCCUCAAGGGCUAAAGUCUGUUUCUCAGGCACAGAAAGAUGACAGGUUGAGGAAGCUGGAGAGGAGGCUUGAAGAGCUGGCUCUCAUGUUGGACAUGGUUAAAACUCAGGUUUGUGCAGUAUGUCAUUGAAAAUACAUGCAUCAGUCUUUUUUUCUUUUUCAUGAUUUUGAGUAAUGCUUUCUGCAGAAUGCAGAUCUAGUGUCUCGUGUGCAGUACCUGGAGGGAUGUGAGUGUGUGAGGCACCAGUGUGUGUGGGAGGGACAUGACGUUGAAGAUGGACGGAGCUGGCAGACAGAUAUCAACACUGUGUGUACAUGCAAAUCCGGAAAGAUCACCUGCCAAGCUAACAUCAAAGGUAACUUCAGCUCAGCUUCUUGUAGUUUUCUUUGUUUUACCAUUUUCUUUCUCUGUAUUCCACACAAAUACAAAAACACAAUGUCAUUUCACUGCAUGCUUGUAAACACUUGAACUAACACUAACACACUCAACUGGUCUUAUGAAACUUCAUGCUCUUCAUGGGUAGUCUCAUAUCUCACUGAGUCAAACUUUUUAAACCUAACCAAUGAAGUAACUAUCAGCUUCAGCAGAUCUUUGUCUUGAAUAUUUAGCAUUUAUUAGCCUCUUGACCUGCUUAACUAAAAUUGAGAACAUUGUUUGCAUCAUACUCAUACAUACAGUGAUUCUACCAGUUAAAUCUACAGCGGAUUUUCCCUUUAUUAAUUGUGAAGAUUUCCUUAUUGUAUGUUUUGUUACCCAGCAGGUAGUUUCUUUUUUCUGUACAAUAGUAUGGUGUCUUUUUUGUACCAUACUUUGGCACAUUUCAGGUAGAGAAAUACUAAUUUCAUUUGUGUUGAAAGGUUAAUUUUUCCACCCUUUGAAUUGGUUGAGGCUAGCUGUUUCUUUUGUUUGCUGUAACUAAGACUUAAGCAUGCAGGUAUCAAUCAUGCCCUCUUAUUCUGGGCGAUGUGAAUGAGUGCAUUUCUCAAAACAACUACAAAUAGCUUUGGCUAUUGGCAUCUUUGUGAGCUUGAAGGUUUGGUAUGCUGGUAUGUUUCCAAUCCAGAGGAACAUUGUGAAGAGGUGCAGCUGCUGGCUGCCCAUCACUGGAUGACUUUUUUUUAAUCUGUCAAAAGCAGGACUCUGAAUGGUGUCCCGUGGAAUCCUCAGCACUGUAUUGAGCACUGUAUGGCUUCCUAUCACCCCAGAUCACAGGUAGCAGCAAUUUAAUCAGGAAAGACAAGUAAAUAAAUGAAAGGUUAAUUAUUAUGACAAAUAUAAAGGUAAUAAGACUUGACAGAAGGUCUUUGGCAUAUUGACAGUACGGAAAGAUUAUGAUACUGAAGGGUGUCUGAUCUGUAGCGUUAAAAUCCCCUAUGGAGUCCGGACACAAGACUGGUGAUUCUGCAAAGAUCAGGCACAUACAUCGUCAGUAUAAAGGACGACAGAGAGACAUAACCACAUUCAAACAGCAGAAGGUGAUGGGCUGAAAAGAGAGUGUGACAACAGCUGAUUAACCAUGCACAACCCCAGGUGAUGACAGCAGGAAAAAUAAGUAAUGAUCUCUUUGCCCUGAUGCCAACAUGAGCCAUCCCUCAGAGGCUGUCUCCUUGGCUCUGCACCCAACACCUGUCCUACUCUUAACCAUCAGGCCAGCUGCCGUAAGUAUCCAGAGGCGGUUUACCGUGUGCCCAGCUCUAUUUCCUGUUUCACAGAGUGAGUGUGAUAUGCCAUGAUUGGCUGAUCGCCAGUGAAAAUAGAGGAACAACAUACUUUUCACAACUUUUCCCAGCAGUGAUAAAAGACUGGAAAGUCAGCUGGGACUGCUGUACUUUCGUCAUAUCUGGGAAGUCAGUGGAAUAGAAAGGACUUGAUGAAAUGACUGAUACUGUCUCCAGUGGUCAUGGAGACAUUGGCUCAAAGUGACUAUGUUUGGAUGUUUGAAUGUGAUGUUGUCCUGAUUCACAAUGUAGCCAGUGAAGCAAAAUGGUCUGUAUUUUUAUAGCACUAUCUUUAGUCCUCUUACCCGGCCGCUACCAUGUGACAUUAAAUCUCACAUGGUAGAUUAGUAGCUAUGCAAAGCUCCCAUCAGUUUAAACUAAUCCCAUUCACACACCACUGGCACUUCCAUUCAGGGUAGUUUGGGGGUUAAGCAUCAUGCCCAAAGACACUCCGGCUAGUGGAAAACAAAUCCUGGAAUCCUUCUGAUUGAGAGGCAGUCAAUUCUACCGAGGAGCCGCAACAGCCCUUGGCAAAAAGCUGGCCUUAUGGUAGAGUUUUCUCAAAGGGGAACAUUAAUUUACAACAUGAACAUCAUUCUGUACUGAAGAUGAUUCAGGGUUACAUUUUGUAACUGGAGGAAAUGCCCCCUGCUGGACAUUUAACUUUGACUUCACAGACGGAGAGUCUUUAUCCACAUCUUUUAAUAAAGUCAAGGGACAGACUUGCCUUUUUAAGAGCUCCAUCUUAAAUGUCAUCAUCUCUUUCUCCGGAUGGCUCCCCCUCUCCCACAGAGUUAUGAAAACUUUGCUCUCUCCUCUGCAUUUUUUUUCCCAUCAUGUGCAAACAACCAGCCCCUGACCCCUCUCACCCCUCUUGACUGCUCUCUCUGUCAUUGUCCUUUCCUUUUUUUCUCUAUCUUUCUCUUAAUUGUUUCUGUAUGCUGUCCAGAGUACUUUAGAUAAAACACACUCAGACCCCUAAACACACACACACUUUGAUCUCAUGCAUGCUUGGCUUACUGGAGGAAAUGCCUGUUGGCUGCUGGCACAGUGGGCUACCUCACUAGCCUCUCUCAUAAUGUGUGAUUAUCGCCUUGUCUCUCCCACAAACAUAUCGUCUCCGUUCUUUGGAGGGUCAUCAUUAAAAUAAUUAGCUGCUGAAAUGUCCAGACACAGCAGAAAUAAUCUUUGAUAUUUGAUAGCCUUUGAUGAAAAAUAAAUUUGAUGUUGCUUUUCAGCAUUAGGUCCUUUCUUUGUCAUUUACAGUAGUCGUAGUCGUCGAAACAGACACAUAAUUAAGUUGUAGUAGUGAUGAUGCCAGAUGUUUUGCAGGGAAUCCUCCAGAAAACCGAUUCCCCGUCCAGAUUUCACCCCGUUUCUCCUAUAAUAAAUCUCAUUCAAUGUUAACAGACUUGCCAGUUGCUGUCUUCAAUUGCUUAAGGGCUGCAGGCACUUGUGGUUACAGUUACGGUCCAUAAAACAUUGUGUGUGAGAGAGUAAGCAUGUGUAUACAACAUCAGAACCAUACUGUUCUGUCAUUACUGGAAAGAGAGCAGAACCAGAUGUUCCCCCAGUGACCUAGACCGUAGAAAAGGUGAAGAAAACCUGCACUGAGAGACACCAGCUGUGAUGUUCAAGUUUAUUUCUGCAUUCAUCUUUUCAUAGUCAUCAGUUUCCUCUCCAAAGUUCUCAAACACUUUGGAUAUCAAAUCACAACCUCAAUCGAAAAGUUUGUUUGAUCUUUAUCUUAUGUAUUACCUCUGUUUGAUUUUAGAGUGUGGGCCAGAUGGUACAGUUCAUAAUGUGUCCCACAGCAUCCUUGAUGGCUGUGAGACAUGUACAUGCAAGGUGAGUCCAAAUCAGUCCAAACAUACUGUAUAAGUCAAGCCUAAAUGAUUGAUAGUCCCCCUCUGCUCAGAAUCUAUCCCUCCUCUGAAUUUCGUCCUUUCCAUCAGGGGGGUAACAGGGAAUGCUCUCCUCUCCCUUGCCCUGUACUGGACUGCAAGCAUAAGGAGAACGAACCUGGAGACUGCUGCCAGCGAUGCAGAGGUAAGGACACAAGAGAUGCAUGCAAGGUCUUGCCUGAGUAAGCUUUCUCUGACGUUAUGCACAAAACUUGACAGCCAUUAAAAAAAUUACAGGCCCCUUCAAAUUAAACAAUAUACUGUGAUUUAGUUUUGUAAAACAAUAUUCAAUUUGCAAAAAUCUUCAUAAAUCAUUAGUUCAAGGACAAAUUCAAGUUCUGUUGGUUUGAAACUGUGUUGAUAUCAUAAACAAAACUGUAAAUCAAAUGGUUGGUAUUCAGUCUUUAAUUAGGAGAGUGUGUUAAUACUUACCAGAAACUAAUUCUCCAUCAUGGGAUGCAGUUUUUCCUAAAUUAAAGGGUAAAAUUGUUGUUCCUUAUUUAUUCAUUAAAAAAACAAGACAUUUUGCUUUUAUGUCUGUCCGGCUGUCUAACCAACAAAAAUCCACCCAACAGCUAGUGGCAUCAAAGCCACACAGCGACUAGAUGUAAAAUGUGUUUGCAGGCUGUGUCUAUUCUGGUGUCCAGUAUGAACAUGGAGCCCAGUGGAGGCCGACAGAGAAUCCAUGUGAUGUCUGCUACUGUUCGGUGGGUCUAGUUCUGGCAAUUUAACAACUCAUCACCUUCACCUUCAUCGUCAUUGACAUUUCUCUUUAUUCACACAGGAGGGUCAAGUUCAGUGUGAGAGGGAGCGCUGUAAUACGCCAUGUAAAAACCCAGCUGCUCCUCCACCCAACACAUGCUGUCCAGUUUGUCAAGGUUUGUGAAGGACUGAUUCAGCUGAAAAACACAUGGGUGUUUGAUGACAUGCGGAGACGCUUUUUCCAUUUGCAGGGUGUGGUGUGAAUGGACAUGACUUCCCUAAUGGAGCCGUGAUGCCUACCAGAGACCGUUGCCAAGAGUGUACAUGUGUGGUAUGCCCUUAUCAUAACUGUAAAUAUUGUACGAUGUUUUUGUUUUAAGGUUUUAUCUUUAGAAGUUGUUUUUCUUAUAGAAUGGAGACGUGGCUUGUUCACCCCUUCCUUGUCCUGCUUUAUCAUGUCGAAACCCUGUGCAUCGUGCUGGAGACUGUUGCCCAAGGUAACCCACCUACUUCACCUUCCCGUCAGUGAUUAAUACUUUUUAUUGAUUGAACAUUUUGACGGUGCAGGAGGCAUAUGUGUAAGAUGAAAGGUGAAAGUAGAAAUCUGAUUUUUACUAAUUUUUAAGUUUUUGUGUUGUCUAUAGGUGUGAGCAGUGUAAAUAUGAGUCAAAGGUAUAUGUUGACGGACAGAAGUUCCCCUCCAGGUCUGACCCCUGCCUCCACUGCCGCUGCUCUGUGAGUUCAGUCAGGCAUUAUUUUCCCAGUUGUGUGCGUCUGAACUGAUAAUGUGACUCAAGAUGUUUUGUCAAGAUUUUAUUACUCAGUGAUAGACAGAAAACCUAUCAAAGCAUAAAGCACUUUCAAAAAAAAGUUCAUUUAAUUAGAAAAGAGGGAAAAAAGGACAUGUUUGUUAAAUUUGGAGACAUCUAGUGGUGAGAUUCCAGAUUUAAAAUUUGUAAAAUCAGUAAGAUGUAAAAUUUACUGAUAACCAGUCCUUCCCAUAUGGAUAAGUAGAAAUGUUGAUGGCUACAAAACUAACUAAAAUGCCCCAAAAAUGAACUGUAAAAAAUAUUUAUCACAUUUCUCAAAUCAAAGUCACAAUACCAGUCGCUAACUGUUCAUCUACCUGUAAGGCAGGCGAAGUGUCUUGUGAGCGUUUUGAUUCAUCAUGUCCUGAACCACACUGCAGCCACCCAGCAAGACGCAAAGGAGAGUGUUGUCCCACAUGUGACGGUUAGUCUAUAUAGAGUUCCCACCAACUCUUUGUGAAAUAGUUUUUGCCCAUUAGCAUACCGUCUCUGCUAUUUUGUUUUACUCUUGUCUCCCAAACAACAUACUGAGAGUUCGUUUUGUUCCCUCAGACUGUGAGUAUGACAGGCGAGUGUAUGCUGAUGGGAAAGUGUUCAACCCAGCCGGGAGUGGACCCUGCUUGCAGUGCAGGUGUAAGGUAAGGGAAGUGGUUACGCUGAGAGUGAGAUUUUGUCCGAAACAUAUUCAGUUUUCUGAUUUCUAAUGUCUGUUUUUUGUCAUAGGGUGGAAGUGUUAUUUGCAGAGAAGAGAAGUGCCCACCUGUUCAAUGCUCCAAUCCCAUUAAUGACCCACACCUCUGUUGUCCAAUUUGCAAAGGCAAUAUGACACAUUACAACAGGAAACCAUGAUACAAAAAUAAACGCACAUGUACUCACACGGCUUAUAAAAAAGUAUGACAACUCCUUUUUUUCACUGUAGUUUGUGUUUUGGAGGGAGUGGAAUAUGAGGAAGGCUCAAACUGGCAACCUGAGGGUCCCUGCUCCAGAUGCAGCUGUGUGAAUGGGGAGACUGUAUGUACACACACUCAGUGCCCCCCCACAGAGUGCCUGCAUCCCACCAAGUUGCCCGGUAAGUGUGUGAGCUCUUUCUGAACACAUGUAAAUGUGUACCCUGUCACUCACUGUCUCAUUUCUCCCCUUAGGCUCCUGCUGUGCUGUGUGUGAAAGCUGCACUUAUAACCACCGUAUCUAUAGCAACGGACAGAGGUUUACAAGUCCUGACCAGUCCUGCCACAUCUGCACCUGUCAGGUAAGCAUGUCACCUUUGAUUUGCACACUUAACAGAGCUGUUGGCCUAACAUCAUGUAGAUAUGAGGUGCUGGCUGGCCCAGCAGCCUCAGUAGUCUUCGUCGCCGUUCGACUCCCAGCUAAGGCCAUUUGCCAAAUGUCUUUUCUGACUCUUUGCCUCUGAUAUUUCCUCUCUCUCUUCAGCCGUUUUAUCUAAUAAAGGUUAAAAAAAGUACCCCCUAAAAUUCAAAAAUGAUGCAGAUAUAGCGUCCCUUUUCCUCAGCAUGGUAGUGUGGAGUGUGCGAGAAGACCCUGCCCUCCUCUCAACUGCUCCAACUCAUACACACCACCCGAAGAGUGCUGCCCCAAAUGUCCAGGUACCCAAAACCAGAAUAGAUAUUCAAUGAAUGAAUUAGCGCUGUUUUUAUUAACCUGCCUUAUUAAAAGUCAUCUUAGUCUAACAUGUAUUUUUGCAUCUUUUUCAGACUGCUCAAUUGAAAACCAUGUCUUUGUGGACGGAGAGGCUUUUCCGAACCCUGUGAGUGUGUGUGAAGAGUGUAAGUGUGAGAGCGGCAGGAUCAACUGUCACCAAACACGGUGUCCUCAUCCUCGCUGUAACGCACCUCUACCUGGAACAUGCUGCCAGAACAACUGCAACGGUAAGGAAUUAUGAGUUUUCUAUCUUUAAAUAUAAUCAAUAUGUCAAUAUCACAGUGUCUUUCUCUGUUAGGCUGCAGUUAUGCUGGAAAGGAGUAUCCUAAUGGACACGAGUUUCCACAUCCUACUGACCCAUGCCGGACCUGCAGCUGCACGGUGAGACUAAUGUUAUAUCCCUCUUGAACCCCAGAGCUGGUAUCCGUGAGCUUCUGGAAGCAGGUUCUUCUCUUAAUUAAUGACGUGUUUCUUUUUUCAGAAUGGCAAUGUUCAGUGUCUAAUGAAGAGGUGCCCUCCACUGCCUUGUUCGAACCCAAAUGUGCUGCCAAGAGACUGCUGCCCUCAGUGUCCAGGUAGGAGUGACAGAGAUAAAGGGUGGAGACAGCUCUUAAAUUGUCCCAUAGCAUGAUUGCAGCUGUGUUUUGAAGUGUUCCUGAUAAUCCCUCUAUAACUAAGGGGCACAUUACAAGAUCAGCAUUUAGAGCUGCAGCAUUUAUUGUGAUACUUAUCUAACCCGAUUGCCUCUUUCAGAAGUUGUCUUUGCCUCAGAGUCCUCGCGAAUAUAAAACUUCAAAAGUAGAAACAUGGUGUUUAAGUAUUUUUGCAGUCUCUGUUUAAUCCAGUGACAACCAAAACUUUUAAUGAUGCUGCUUCCUUCCCUCCCUCGUUCUGAGCCCAAAGCAGACACAGCAGAUGGUUGCAUAACAUGAUGUUCUGCUUGAGGUCUCUGCUUGUUAAAAGGAAAGUUUUUCUUGCCAAUGCAGCUCACAAGCCCUUUUAGCCUGUGUUUGUCACUGGUAGUUUGAAUUUGUUUACAAAUGAAGGCGACUAACCAACAUAAUUUUCUACUUAUUUGAUCUCCAGAAAGCUAAACAGAAGCACAAGAUAAAACUAUAAAAAGAUGUUUGGCACUGACAGGAACUCCUUCUGUGGUUGACAUGAUAUUAAUUUUUGAACUCAUCCAAGAGAUCAGCAUGGAUAAUGAGGAGAUUUAACAGAGGUAUCUUCUUCAUUGAUUUCCCUUCAGCUCCUCCAUCUGACUGUGUGUAUGAACAACGACCCUACAGACACACUGAGCGUUUUUAUCACCCAACUGACAGCUGCCGAUUAUGUGCCUGCACCGAUGGGAGUGUUCAUUGUCAACGCAAGCCCUGUGCCUUUGCUGCAUGUUCUCAUCCCAUUACACAGGAGUGCUGCCGUACAUGUGAAGGUAAUGUGUCUGCAUGAUAACUGUUAAUUUAGGAUGACAACAUUUUUGCAUUGGUAGUUGAAGGCAAAAAAACUCUGAAAUUCAAGUCAAAACCACAAAUAAAACUGCACUUUUUCUAAAGUCUGACAAAGUUUUCAUUGCAUCUCAUUUCCUUUUGCAGGUUGCCUCUAUAAUGGUCGGGAGCGAGCUAACGGAGAGACAUGGGAUGACCCAUCAGACCCAUGUGCAACAUGUGCUUGUCGUGAAGGCUCUGUGCGAUGUGAGAGGAAGCGCUGUCCACCAGCAAACUGCAAACAUCCUAUCCAGAGACAGUGUUGUACGACCUGUGAUGGUGAGUGACUGAAGACACGACGCAGAAAUAUAGUGCUUGAUCCAUUACGUGGGUAAACAAGGGUCUCAUUUGGAAAACAAUGUGUAGAAUUCAUUCUAAAAGUGUGCAGUGUUUCCUUUAAAAAUCAUGCACACAUGGUUUAGCCUCAUAUUCCAUCUUUUAUAUGCCCACAUUUUUUCAAUUGACAUGUAAUGCCAAUUUCCCCUGCCUCCAAACUUUUGCAAAAACUUCAUGGGAAAUGGUAACCAGCACUUUCAGAGCCCAAUUUGUGUGCAUAUAAUGUUUUUAAAUGAGACCCCAGAUCUUUUCUCAGUUUUCUCAGUUCUCAUUUUCCAAAAGACUAUAACAAAACUUUUCUGCUUACAGGCUGCACAUUUCAUGGUAAAGAAUAUCCUGAUGGCACUGAGUUUGGUGACGACAAAGACCCCUGUAGUGUGUGUUACUGCUAUGGAGGGGAGGUUGUCUGCACAAAGAUACCCUGUUAUGGAGACUGCAAACAUCCCUAUAAACCACCCGGACAAUGCUGUGGAGAAUGUGAACGUACGCCAAAUACAUCUAAAACUUGUCAAUUUUCAUAUUCUUAGUUUUGCUUUGUUCAUCUCUUCCUUACACAAUAACAAAAUAACUUUUUUUUAAUCAAUCAGGCUGCUUCUACAACAACGCAGUCCUCAUAAAUGGACAAUCGAUCCCUGACUCAGGAAACCUCUGCUCUGAAUGUACCUGCAAGGUAGCAUGAGCACAAACAUAUUCACACACCCACAUUCCUGCAUUACUCAGUGUGGUGGACAACAUGUAACGCUUAUCUCUGACAGAGUGGCUCAGUGAGAUGCGGGAAGAAGUUGUGUCCAGCAGCCGUAUGUCCUCAUCCUGUCACUGACACCUGCAGCUGCCCUGUCUGUGAAGGUAACCAGCUCACAAACUAUAAUGUUGUGUGCAGUAGCAUAAUUAAUGAAUGAAUUUCUCUCUGUGUGUAGGUUGUCAAUUCCAAGGUGUGACUUAUGUUGACGGACAGACAAUCCCAGAUGGGAACGAUAGAUGCCAAGAAUGCACAUGCUCUGUAAGAAGGGGAGGGUCUAAAUUAAGUUCAGGGCUACAAACUUGCUGCCAAUAAUCUUAUUAUUUUUGUCUGUCUCCACAGAGGGGUAAAGUCGUAUGUGCUAAGCGCAGAUGUCCGGCUGUAUCAUGCUCACACCCUGCGCUGGAUGGCUGUGGAUGUGGAGAGUGUGACGGCUGCAGCUUCAAUGGAAGGAGUUGUUUCAACGGAGAACGGUUCCCACAUGUGACAGACCACUGCCAGCUCUGCUCCUGUCUGGUAGUUUCACACAUCGAUUUUAAUUUUGUAAAACCUUUGAUUUAAUCACACCUAUGCAUUGGGUAUUUUGCUGAUGUUGAAGAUGAUAAGCAGAAUAUGCCAAAUGCUUUUGUUUGAUAUGAAAUAGUGAGGGUUCAAAGAAUGAGAUGAGAAGACAGUCUAACAACAUUGUUUAAGCUCCAAGCACUGUCAAAUAUAAGUUUAGAAAUAACAAGUAAUCACCUAAUCCUCCAUCAGCCACUUGAAAGCGACUCUUGAGAAUGGAAAUUUAGCAAUCUCGUUUUGUGUACGUCUGUGUGAUCUGUGUUUAGAAUGGUGGCGUGGUGUGCACACACGUGUCUUGUCCCAGUGUGUCCUGUUUGCGCCCAGUGACUCCUCCUGGAGAGUGUUGUCCUGUCUGUACAGGGAUGUGUGUUCACCAAGGCAGGGAAUAUCAGGCGGGCUCUUCCUUCACAUCACCCUCUGAUCCGUGCUCAUCCUGCUCCUGUCUGGUAAGUCUGACAAGGAUGUAAGAGUAUGAAAUUCCAGUCAAAAUCACCUGAAUAAUUAAAUCCCCUUUUUUUGCCUUCACUCAUUUCUUUGGUCAGAAUGAAGUUGUGAACUGUCAGAGAAGACCAUGUCCGGUUAGCUGCUCGCACCCAGUCCCUUCAGAUUCCUGCUGCCCCGCCUGUGACUCCUGUUUCUAUGAGGGUGUUGUCCACUCCCACAGUCGCACGUUCACACCCUCUUCCAACCCCUGCCAACGUUGCUCCUGUGUCAGAGGAACCGUCACAUGUGUGCCUCUGGUCUGCCCUCUGACAUCCUGCCUUCGGCCAGUUACCAAACCAGGACAGUGCUGCCCUGAGUGCUCAGGUACUUCGACUCUAUAUGUUUACAUUUUAAUACACAGCUGUCAUGUUUUUACUGAUACCUAACUGAUUGAUUUUUAAAAUGUUUGUCUACCUUUUCUCUCAGUGUGUACUCUUGAUGGACAUGAGUUUCAUGAUGGACAGACAUGGACUCUGAGUUCAAAUCCCUGCUCUACCUGCACUUGCCAGGUCAGGUCCUCUACCUUUAUCUUUCUUUUUUUUUUCUUAUUUGCAGCUGUCCUCCUGUGUGAGUGUGUAAACUUUCUGUGUCUUACAGGCAGGUGAGGUUAGGUGUGCAUCUCCCCAGUGUCCCAAACUGCCCUGCAUGCAUCAGGUGACUGAUCCAGGAGCAUGCUGUCCUCGCUGCAGAGGUAAACACAUUACUGGGAAUUACAGUCACAAGAAGAAACAGAUCUUACACUGACCCGAUGCUUUGCCCUCAGGUUGCAUGUAUGGAGGAGAGGAGCAUGCAGAAGGCAGCAGCUGGUUUGCAGACUCCACCCCCUGUAUGACCUGCAUGUGUGUGGCUGGGGUGACCACCUGCUCUGAGGUCCGCUGUCUGUCCCCCUGCAUGAACUUCAUCGAUGUGCCCGGGGAGUGCUGCCCCGUGUGUGCUGGUGAGAAAAUUGGGCCUCAAAACGCUGCAGCUGUUUUUAUUUACGUCAGAACUUUUUUCAAGCUCUCGGGUGCUUAAAAUUUUUUCACCGUUUGUUGUUGACAGAUUGUGUAUUUGAGGGACGCAUUUAUGGACCAGGUGACAGUUUCCAUCCAGCUGGUGACCCCUGUCAGAUCUGCACUUGUGAGGUAGUUUAUUUUAUUUAUCAAUCUUUCUGCUUAUAAUACAGCCAAGAAAAAUAUGCUAUUUUUAAUCCAUUUAUUUAUUUAUUCUCUUAAAGGUUGGACGAUUGACCUUGUGGAUUGAUUAAUCAACUCUUGAAAUUGUGUGUAAAUCUGUUGAUUAUUUUAUUGUGAAUUGAGGUUUCAAUUAGAUAUUUCUGACCCAACAUUCACAUCACAGGUGAUGCCGGAUGGUGACCAGCAUUUGCGGUGUUACAGAAAACAGUGUCCAAGUCUGGUGGACUGUCCCAAAAGCAACAUCUUGUUCUCUGGCCCUGACUCCUGCUGUCCUGUCUGUGCACGUCAGUACCAAAGUACAUUUUGUAAUACACCCUGCAAUACAUGUUCUCCUUACUGUGUGACAUCUUUUUGUAUUUUCAGAGCCUCUUAGUAACUGCACCGCUGCACUGAUAGGCAACGAGGUGUUGGCAACCGAUGAUCCCUGUUUUACUUGCCACUGCAAGGUACGGCUGCUACAUUUGUUUUUAUUUCAGGAUAUGUCGCCUCUAAAUGAUAAGACUUUUCUGACCCAAGAAAGACAUUUAGACUGACAGGACAAUAACAUUUUCAGAGCAAAUUGAGGCUAAAAUCAUGUAUAACAUUUGAUUUUGAGAAUUUGUUGACUUAAAAUGAUAACAAGCAUCAGUCAUGUACAGUCCUGUUUGACUUCUCAACAUCUUGCAAGUUCUUGAUAAAAUUACAACAAAUUAAGCAAAUCUAAGCAGUACAGUGGGACAAUCUUUGCGUCUAUGAUUCAGGACCUGACAUGGACCUGCUUGCACCAGAACUGCCCACCGCUCACCUGCCCUUUUAAUGAGCAGUUCACCCCUCCAGACUCAUGCUGCCCUGUGUGUAAAGGUGAGAUAACACCUUCCUCUCUGUUUACUCUGCCUUUUUAAAUCAUGUGUGAUGCAUCGACACACAUUAUGAUGGCACUCUUGUGUUUCAUACAGAUUGUGUGAUCGAGGGUCAGAACAAACGUGUGGCCAAUGGCAGCAAAUGGACAGACAGCGAUGACAACUGUGUCACAUGUACCUGCAAUGUGAGUCUUACAAAGAUACAAAUUAUAGUAACACUUUUCAAGAGUACUCUGAUAGAACAAAUAACAUCUAAAUCUUUUUUGCCAGUCCCUGAAAAUGACAUGAAAAAAGCUUUUAAAAAUGACUUUUGUGAAUGAUUUAAAGCAGACAUUUAGAGAUGUUGGGGUUUGUUUCUUUUUGUGUCCUCGUCAGCUGGGGUACAUCGAGUGCAGCAUUGAGGAGUGUAUACCUACUGUUUGUCUGAAUGGCGAGAAACAAGUGAAGAAACCAGGGAAAUGCUGCCAUGAAUGCCAAGGUACCACUACAAGCCGGUAGAAAAAAGCAUGAAUUAUAAAGCAUGAUCAAGGUAUAUAUUUGCAUGCUUUGUGUUUGUGUGUUUUUGUUUGUGUUUUGUAGACUCGGGGGUGUCGUGUUUGUACCAGGGAACCUUAUAUCACUCAAAUGAACAGUGGGAUGUGGAUGAGUGCACCAGCUGUACAUGUGUGUCUGGAGAUGUUCACUGUUUCAGUGAACGCUGCCCUCCCCUCACCUGUGACACAGUCAGUAUAACAAACACACACCUAAAGAUAUCCUUUUACUAGGUUUCAUCAUAGUCCUGUGUGUCUGGUGUGUUUCAGACUAGCAGUCUGUGAAAUAGCUAUAAAUAUUGGACAUUUUUUGUUAAUGUUUACAUUUUCGUUAGAUUCUCAGAGCUUGUUCUGACACUGCAGAUCUCUGGUUCCCUCUGAGUCUCCUUGCUUCCUCACAUUUUUAAACUAAGUGUAGCUGUGACUGUUUAAGUGUGUUUCCACUUCCAGGACCAGAUGCCAGCCAUUGUCCCUGGUUUGUGUUGUCCCCAUUGCCUUCCUCGUCCAGCCACCUGCAUUGCCUUUGGCGACCCUCAUUAUCACACCUUUGAUGGCCGUAUGCUGCACUUUCAAGGAGCGUGUACCUACAUCCUGGCACAGGACUGUCAGGGUGGGGACUUCAGGUAAGAGGGUUGCUAUGGUAACCACAUUAAGGUAGUGUCUCAUAACAUGAUUUUUCUCCUGCUCCUUUUUUCUCUUGCAAUUUCUUGUGGGGUUUAUUUUGUUUUUAAAUACCUACCCCCAUCCUGUUUCUAAAUAAUAAUUCAAAUUAAACAAUCUUAAAGGAAAAUAAACAACUUUUUGGUUGCACCAAACAUUAUUCAAAUUAAGGCAAUAAUCUGUGAUUGUUAUUUAAACUGACAAAUUACUUUCCUGGUAAUGUUUACUUUAAUGACUCCUCUUUCUCUGUCAAGUAUUCAUGCCACUAAUGAGGAUCGAGGGCGUAAAGGAGUGUCCUGGACCAAAGAGGUGACUGUGUUUAUAGGAGACAUCACUGUGCAGCUACUGCAGGACAGGGUUGUGAAGGUUUGUGUCAAUAAAUACUGCGAGCAAUACUGCAGUUUUUAGUUUUGUUCUGUAUUAACUGAGUCAUUUCUGUACUCCUCAGGUCAAUGAUGAGGUUGUGGCAUUGCCUUUCCUCAGAGAGCCCUACAUCUAUGUUGAACAACAAACCAACACCAUCUUACUCAACACCAACAUCGGAGUAAAGGUAGUCUGUUCGUCACCAAUGUCUUUACAAUUAAAUUAUCCCUGAAAAUAUUUUAAGUCCUGAUUUUUAGAUGCCUGUAUAUCUCUGGACUACCUUUAGGUAUUGUGGAGCGGUCGCUCGCACCUGGAAGUGAGUGUGCCUGGUUCCUAUAAGGGUCACACCUGUGGGCUCUGUGGAAACUUCAACAACUACCACCAAGAUGACCUCCGCAUGCCCAGCGGACGAAUCAGCUUAUCAGAGUCUGACUUUGGAAACAGCUGGAGGGUGACAUAAACACACCCAAGGAAACAAAAAUAUGAAAUUAAAAAAUGUUGUCUUAAAACAAAUCACACAACGUCUUUUCAUUCUAGGUUACAAAUGGCAGCCACUCUCUCUCAUCCUGUCGUCCUGGUGAAGAUGUGGACCCCUGUAAAGAAGCAGGAUACCAGGCCAAGAAGAGUGCCAACACUCGCUGUAAGGUGCUGAAGUCUGCUGUUUUUAAGCCCUGCCAUCGCGUGGUGCCGCCUGAGCCCUGGUAUGGAGCCUGUGUAUACGACCUCUGUGCCUGCGGGGCCAACACUGACGAGUGUCUGUGUGACACUCUGGAGGCCUACGCCAGUCAGUGCAGAGAAGCAGGAGUUGUCCUACAGUGGAGGAGCCCAUCACUGUGUGGUAAGUGUCUAAUGACAAAAUAACAUAUAUUUAAGAUGACACUUUUUUCUAUCAAAACUAGCUUUGAUUGCUUUUAAUUUAUUCAGGAAUAUAAAGUUUUAAACCAAGUUCACAGCAGCAUUAAAUGUGCACUUGCUGAUUGUAAAGCAUUAGGAGAUGUAAAAGAUAAAAGAGGCGAAAAGUGACUUUGACUUCACAACAUGUACAAUAUAUUAGGUGUGCGUGUGUGCUUGCAGUAAAGAAGAAGAAUAAGGCUUUUCUUAUCACUUAACUCAAAAUUCAAACGACAUGGUACAAUUCAUCUGAUUGAAAAUGAAAAAUCUCUUCAUGGUUUGUUAUAAGAAAACUGCUCAUUUCAAUGAGUUACUAGUCAAAGCAAACGAUCAUGGUCACUUUGUUCUCAGCCUGUUGUUGGUUGGUCUCUGUCACUGUCUGUCUUCCACAGCUGUGGGUUGUCCAGUGGAGAGGGGCUUUGUGUUUGAUGAGUGUGGACCCCCAUGUCCUGUGACCUGUUUUAACGUCGACGUACCACUGGGGGUGAUAGAGAGCCACUGCUUCAAGCCCUGUGUACCAGGUUGUCAGUGUCCUGCUGGUCUGGUCCUACAUGACAACUACUGCAUACAGCCAGAGAAGUGCCCAAAGAUCAUUCAUGGCAACCCUUCAUAA